GCCCGGCGGUUCACUUCACGAGCGGCCUGUGAAGAUGGCGGGGGCGGAGGAGGAGGCGGAGGCGCGCGACUUGGUGCGGAGAAUCCUCAAAGACAUCGGCAACGCUUUCCGCAAGAACCCGGCCAUUGAUGAGAUUGGCGUGAUCCCCGUUUCGGAGGCUCGCUACAACCGCAGUCCCGUUGUGCUGGUGGGCAGCAAGCUGGGCCUGGAGAGCUGGUGCAUCAAGCUCUUGGUGCCCCAUGUGCACGGGCAACUUGUACACUUCCGUCAGCGCAAGAUUUGGCCAGAUCAAGACGGCCUGGCUGAACUGACUCACACGCUGCUGCUUCUUAAUCCUGACUGCACUACAGCAUGGAAUGUACGAAAGGAACUCAUCGCAGCCAAUCUCUUGGAGCCCAGGAAGGAUCUUCGUCUGGGCAGCCUAGCCCUCACCAAAUUCCCAAAGAGCCCGGAGACCUGGAUACACAGGCGAUGGGUAUUACAGAGAUUGCUGAACUCUCAGGAGCGGGCACGAGCAUCUGCAGAUGACGGCGACGAGUUUGCGGCGGCGCGAGCGGAGGCUGUGUGGCACUUGGUGCAGGGGGAGAUGAGCGUGUGCCGCGCUGCCGCCGAGCGCUACCCUAGCAACUACAACGCCUGGUCCCACCGAAUAUGGGUCCUGCAGAACGUGGCUCGCUGCAGUGUGAAGGCGCUGCUCACUGAGCUCGCUGCCACCGAGCCCUGGGUACGGACGCACGUCUCGGAUCACAGCGGCUUUCACUACAGGCAGUUCCUGCUGAACUCGCUGGCCGCCGCCACCUCCAGCGCCGGGGACCCCACCCGUGUGAGCCCCUUGUCAGAGACGGCGCAGCAGGCCGGCGAGGGCCCAGGGGCCGCCCUGGCAGAAUCUGGUCCACAAAGCGACACGGUGGCCCUGACGACGCUGCUCCAUCGAGAAUUCGACCUCUGCACCGACCUCAUCCUUGCUUACCCUGGCCAUGAGACGCUGUGGUCUCACAGGAGGUUCUUGUAUCAUCUGUGGCACCGGAAUGACGGCAAGGGUGGGUCGUCCAGCCCCAGCGGUACACGGGUGCCGGAUAAAACACGCGGCGCUCAACACGAAGGCACCGGCAGCCACAGUGAAAACGCCAAGGAUGGCGCAGGCGAUGGCAGCGGCAGUGUGGCAAACGGCGGGUCGCCGAGCGUUUCGCACACUCGCGGGCGUGCCAACGGGCAGGGCUCGAAGCGUCUGAAGGCCGAGCCGAGGCCGUACAGCUUGCAGGACGAGGCGUCGUUUGCGGCGCGGGCCCUGGCGGAGUCGCCGGGCUCGCUGCAGGCUCGCUCUGCUGCUGCCUACACCAGGUGGCUCGAGUCUGUCGGCGAGCAGUAAUGCUUACAGUCCCGUGCGGGAACUGGGGUUUAAACUGGCUGCUGAGUAGAUAGAAACAACACCACAAUCCUAAACAGAAUGUAAACAAUACGGUACACAAGCAUAUUUUCAGCACCCGCGGUGCACUUUGUUUUUUACAGGAUAUGAUAUAAUGUGGCACAGCUUCCAUUUUAACGUUGUUACACGUCCGUAUUAAUAUCAGGUCAGUUGGGCACAUUUUUAACUCCACCUGUGUGCCGCAGAUAUAUUUCAUCAGCACUUUUUGCAUGUGGUUUGUUACUCCUUAUUACCCCAAUUGGGCAUAUUUCUGAAUGUUAAAGUUAUUCAAAAUACCACGAUGUAUAGUAUUGUACUAUCCAGACUAUUGUGCUUCGUGUAAAAAAUAAUUAUUUACAGGUUUAGGUUUAAAUGCGCACAGCGUCAUGUUUUCACGUAAAGUUAUUUUUAUGUUUACAUAACAAGUGUACGUGCUGUGGGAGUGUGUGGUGUGCCGUUAGUGCAGGUGUGAGAUUUUAAAAUCUCAUCUCCGGUAAAUGAGAUUAGGAGAGAUUACUGCCCACUCACGAGUGGCGAGCCAGCAUCUCUUGAGACCCUUUCUUCAAGUCCUGAGUUACUAUCUUUGAUUUAAAAAAAAGGUAAAAAUAUAUUCUAAUUGCGCUUGAAUCGGCUGUAUGAUCAGGAUAUAUAAAUUUGCAAAAUGGGUAUCCAUACUGAUCAGCACAACUGUAGAACACUGAACAGUUGAUGCAUUUAAAUGGCAUUGGAGGAUAUGGUCUUGUGUUUUCGAUUUGUAUUGAUGUCUCCAUCAACAAAUUUGACCUGCAAUAGCUCUUAAUGGGGACAGAUUUACUUGGUUCUCAAUCAAAAAAACAUCCAACCGAACAACUUUGGUUUAAUUCUUUCAUGUUUUAUUUUAAUUGAAGGAUGUGGUUCGUGUUGGAAGAUUAGAAUAUACAACUGUCAGAAAUCUGUCAAAAUAUGCAAAAGAGGUGUCAGGAGUUCAUUUCUUUUUUGCUGCAUGGCCGUGGAAAGUGAGAUUGGGCAGUUCGACCCAAUAGUGGAGUUUAGCUACCUCCUUGGACUGUCUUCCUGUGUUCGUGAUUCAAGACACUACUGUCAAGGAAAUAAAUGCACACUUUAGUAGUUGUAAACUAUUGUAUAUGUAGCUUAACCGCAGCAGUCUAACAAUAGUCACUGAUGGGUGGCCUGUUUGUACAAUUUCAAAUCGUUGGAUUUCGUUCUUCAUUGACCAUGCGCAUAUUUAAGGAGAUGUAAUUAGAAUCUUGACUUAAUUAUCUUGUCAUAAUAUUAACAUGUUUUGGUCCAGGCUUUUGACACGUGCAAAUGUAUGUACUUGUAUGAAAUCGUGUUCCAUGUUUGAAAACCAUGCUGUACAGGCAGCAAAGUCUGAUGGGGCUUUUGAAAGGGCUGCCUCAAAUCAACACUUGCAAAUGUUAAAUUACCUGCUAUUGGCAAACAGGUCAUGGUUAGUGAAGAACAUCAUCGGCAGGAUUCAACGCUUUCCAGAUCUGACAUGUGGAGCCUGUCGCAUGCAACAUGUCCCUGUUUGUCACAAGUGUUUGCUCGCAUUCUUCAUUUACAAAACAUUUCUUGUUAGAGCUGCAUUGGAAAGCACGUGUUAUAUGAUUACAAUUAUGCCCAUCAACCAUUUUGCCUGCUAGACGUUCUGACACAAACGCGCCGUUGCUGCAUCAAUACCCGGAAUAUAUAGCCGUAGGACUGCCGAAGAUACAUUUGCAAAACACUUAAUUUUAAUGUUUUUCCUCAUGUAAAAAGUUUUUCACAACUCCCAAACGGAAGACGCAAGAGAAGUGCAAGUUCACUGCAGACUAUCGAUGCUUACGUUUGAAAUUUACCAGCUGCUGAAUCUCUACUUCACUCGAUUAAAACCGGUAUAAACUACGAUUCUGCACUCACAAGUAUGGUUGGAUGUGGUCCGUAGAUUAUUUAUCAUCAAUAAAUGUAUGCAACUCUGAA